GGCCGCCCUACAAUGCAAGUACUUAUGAGCAAGACGCACCGCAUUGCAACAGCAUCGACUUCGCGAAGGAGUCGAGCGCUGGUGUAAAGUUCGGUACAUCGGUAGGCAAGCCAGCUUACGCCGCAGUAAAGCACACAUCAAGACCAGCCGCCGCAUCGGUCGCGUUCGAUGCAUAAGCGGACACCUGAAUCUUUUGGCGACCCGCCGCCGAACGCGGCGCGCGUAUGGAUUCCCGGAGUUGUUGACCACAUUAUCAGCUUCCUUCCGCGCAACUUCGUAGCAUGCACAAUACGUCUAUUGGACAAAUCAUUUGCAGCAGAAUACUCUAAAUUUAACAUCGUGCGGCUGUCAGAGCCUACUCCAACAUCCGCAUUCGCGCGGCAAUGGAGCGACCCAGCCAACCUACGAGCGCUAACCUUCAAACAGCGCCUACAACUCCUCUGCCUAACCUCUCGUAGCGGCAGCCUUCCCAACCUCGCCCUCGCAGUCGCCAACGCCGGCAUCGUGCUGACCUCAUCCUCAUUCAGCGCCAUGUUCACAUCCGCCGUAGUCGCCUGUCAAUUCCACAUCUGCGAAUGGCUGAUCCAGCAAGGCUGCUGCCCGCCCGCUACUUCCCUCAAGGAAGCCGCACGCGCCGGGUCCCAAGCUAGCUGCGAGUGGCUGCUAGCUCACGGCUGCCCCUGGAGUCCUGCCGCGGUUUACGCAGCUGCGCGAGGAGGUCACGUGGGCCUGAUGGAGUGGCUGCUGCUGCAACCGCACCAACAGCAACACUGCCUGGCAAGGUGUCCUGUUCCUGCUCCUGCCUCCUCUGUGAAUCCCUUCAGCCUGCUGGUAGCGCUGGUGGAGGGCGGCUGCAGUCUGGCCUUGCUACAGCACCGCUACCUGCAUCUCACAACCACCUUGGCUAACGACCAGCAGCCGCAACAACACCAGCAGCAGCACGAAGUGCAGUGGUCGGAGGUGGCUGCGGAAUACCGACGCGCCAUCCUCAAAGCCGCCGCCGCCAGCCCCGGCCCCGACUGGCAAGCCAAGGUCGCCUGGCUGGAGGCGCAGGGCUUCCCUCGCUGCUCGGACGCCUGCACCGGCGCCGCCGCCUGCCCCGACGCCCUGGAGCGCCUUACCUGGCUGCUGGCUCGGGGCUACCCGGCCAAUGCGGAGGCUGCCACCGCGUCUGCCAGGGAGGGAAACGCCGCUGCGUUGGGGCUGCUGCUCACCACAGGCGGUGUUCAUCCGGGCUUCUUCAUCGCGCAGGAGCCCGCUGCGCGGGGGCAUCUGGAGGUGCUGGCGGUCCUGCACUCCCUGGGAUACCGGUUGCCUGUUGAGGCAAUGCAGGUGGCCGCGGAGAAUGGGCACGUGGCUGUCGUACAAUGGCUCUUCAAGACGGCUCAGCUGGGCGGGAGUGCUGACGUGGCCGCCAGCUGGGCGGCGAGAUCUGGGCGGUUGGAGGUGGUUGGGUGGUUGCGGCAGCAGCAGGAGUACGGCGGUGGUGGUUGCGACAGUGGUUGGGCGCCUGGCACGGUGGCGAGUGCGGCGGAGGGGGGCAGUGGGGAGAUGAUGGAGUGGCUGGUGAAGAAUGGCUGCCCGUUUAGGGUUCCCGCCGCUGCCGGCCUGAAGGACCCCUACGUGCGCGCCGCCCGCAACGGCGACCUGGCCACCCUGCGCUGCCUGCACCGCCUGGGCUGCCCCUGGGACGCGGCCGGCAGCACCUUCACGGA